UGAGCUGCUUGUGGAACAGGAGAUCUUGGAGCUAGUAACUUUUUCAGAGACCACGUCAACAGCUCAGAGCAGGGGGGCUCCAGAGAAGAAGAAGAGCAUGAGCUCAGAGAGAGAGAACUGAUAUAAACAAAGGACUGAAGAGGAGAGGACAAAGGAAAGAGAGAGAGAGAGAGAGAGAGAAGCAUGAGCAACCACUUCACUUUACUGCACUCUCUCUCUGCUGACUGAGUAAAGGGUAUGAGUGGUAUAUGUGGCCUGCUGCACAAGCUCAUGCAGGACAGUGAUAAUUUACAGCAGAUUAGGUAGCUAUAGCUGGGUGUAAACACAUUUAUUUAAGUUUUUAUCAGGAUUUCUGAGGGAAAUUUGGGAUGAAAAGUUAUCCCAAGGCGUAGACAGUCUUAUUUUAUUUUAUUUCACAUUGUAGAGGUAUUUUACAGAAAAGAAAAAGGCUGAAAAGACUUUGAAAAAAGAGUUUCUGGUCUCCCAACUGGGACUUUGGCUUCAAAUAAUAAUGGCCUUCUUGUGGGAUGCUGUUCCUGAGCUUUUGCUCUUACUGGCAUGUUGGAUGUGUGUUCAUGGAGAGGGACAGAAACAAGAAAUGAAACCUGAGGCCUGGCUACAGCAGUACGGUUACCUGCCUCCAGGUGAUCUCCGGAUGCAAGCAGCCCGUUCUCCUCAGUCCAUUUCUUCUGCAAUCUCCGCCAUGCAGAGGUUUUAUGGCCUGACCAUCACUGGAAACCUUGACUCCAACACCCUGGAAGCAAUGAAGAGGCCCCGCUGUGGCGUUCCGGAUAAGUUUGGUGCAGAGCUGAAGAGCAACCUGAGAAAGAAACGAUACGCUAUCCAGGGACUGAAGUGGGAGAAGAAGGAGAUCACGUUCUGCAUACAGAACUACACCCCGAAGGUCGGCGAGUACGAAACCUUCGACGCCAUUCGAAGAGCGUUUAAAGUGUGGGAGGGGGUCACGCCCCUGAGAUUCAGAGAGAUCCCGUACAGUCACAUAAAGGACAAGACCUCUGACUUUGCGGACAUCAUGCUGUUCUUCGCUGAAGGGUUCCACGGGGAUUCCAGUCCAUUUGAUGGUGAGGGAGGCUUCCUGGCACACGCCUACUUUCCUGGCAACGGCAUCGGAGGAGACACACAUUUUGACGCCGCUGAGCCAUGGACGAUUGGCAACCGAGAUCUGAUGGGUAAUGAUGUCUUCCUGGUAUCGGUGCAUGAGCUGGGCCACGCCCUGGGCAUGGAGCACUCGAAUGACCCCUCUGCUAUAAUGGCCCCAUUCUAUCAGUGGAUGGACACAGAUAACUUUGAGCUUCCUGAAGAUGACCUUCGUGGGAUCCAGCAGCUCUAUGGACCUAAUCCUGGUGACCAUCCUCGACCACCGUUCAGCCCCCGAACACCUUACAAUACUCCCCGCCCCACACAAAAUCCACACAAGCCAGGAGUGUCAGGCUUUGCCCCCGAUAUCUGUGAAGGCCACUUCGACACCAUCGCCAUUUUCAGAGGGGAAAUGUUCAUUUUCAAGGAUAAGUGGUUCUGGCGGGUCCGUAAUCAGAGGGUUAUGGAAAAUUACCCCAUGCCGAUUGGACAUUUCUUCAGAGGUCUUCCCACAACCAUUAACGCUGCCUAUGAGAGAGAGGAUGGAAAAUUUGUCUUUUUCAAAGGGGACAGGCACUGGGUGUUCAGUGAAUCAAUCUUGGAUGCAGGCUACCCCAAGACACUGAGGGAGAUGGGUAGUGGUCUCCCUAAGGACAGAAUAGACUCCGCCCUUCUGUUCACGCCCUCAGGAAACACCUACUUCUUCAGAGGAAACAAAUACUAUCGCUAUAAUGAAGACACACGAUCAGUGGACCCAGACUAUCCUAAACCAAUCAGCAAGUGGCAGGGGGUCCCAGAUAACAUCAAAGCGUCAUUCAUCAGCCGAGACCAAAGUUACACCUACUUCUACAAAGCCAAUAAGUACUGGAAAUUCAACAACCAGCUGCUGCGUGUGGAGCCUGGCUACCCCAAGUCUGCCCUCAGGGACUGGGUCGGCUGCCCAGAUGAAGACCCCAAGACCGGCGGUGGUGGAGGUGGCCGUACCAACGACCGUACCAAUGACCGCAACGACAGGAAUGACGGCAACGACGGCAAUGACGGCGGUAAUGCUGAUGAUGGCAGCGACUACGAGGAAACAAAGCAUGAAGAAGAGGAAACGGUGGACGAGACGGAGGUGAUCAUCAUCAAGGUGGACAACGGUGCCGGCGGCGGCAGCGGGGCGGCGGCGGUGGUGGUGCCGCUCAUGCUGCUGGUGUGUGUGAUCUGCACGCUGGGGGCCUUGCUGUUCUUCCGCAGGUACGGCACUCCCCGUCGCCUGCUCUACUGCCAGCGCUCCUUACUGGACAAGGUUUAGAGAGGAAGAGGAGGAGGAGGAGGAGGAGGAGAGGAGGGAUAGAGUGAAGAGGAGGAGGGGACCACAGAGGGCAGGAGAGGAGAGGAGGAUGAAGGAUUGGAGGAAGUUAAGUACAGCAAUAUUCAGGCAUUUACGGAAAACAAAGAUGAGAGCCUGGCUGUUUGGGGCAGAUUUUCACCCCAAUCUUUAAUAUCAACCAAAGACUGUAGAGAAUUGAAGCAUUUUGGAUAUAGUUUACAGAAAAAUUGUGGGUUGAUUGUGGUUUUAAGUUCAAAUUGUAGAAUGCAUUUGUAUGGCUUAAAGAAUUGUUAUUUUUAUUUUCUCCCAAAUUCAUUUUUUCCCUGUUUUUUUUUUUUCAUUUUUUUCUGAUUAUUUUUGCUCAAUUUUAGAUUUUUUGUUGCUUUUUUUUAUCUAUGCCUGUUGUUUUGUUCAUAUCACAGAAAUCAUAGGGCCCUAUAUUAGAACAUGUCUUAAUACUUACUGUGCAGCUAUACUGCAUUAUGUAAUAAUAUGAGUGGUGUUAAAAGGUUCUAAAAUUAAAAAAAAUGAUGUUUAACAGAUCUGUAUUUGACUAGCAUACGGUUGUCCAACCUGUGGUGAAGUAGUAACUUGUGUUUAAUUGAAUCCAUUAUUUACUAAACCAGCGAAACCCCACAAAGUAUGACUGAUCCACGCCCAUGCUUUACAGUUGGAGAUGUGUUCUUGUAAUUGAAUUCUGCCCAAUUCUGCCUCAUUGCAGAUGAUUAAAUGUGUUAAAAAGACACAGACUUACAGGUAUAUUUGCAGAGUAACUAAAAUUUAUAAUUACAAAAAUUUAGACCAGGGGUGCCCAGGUUUGCUAGACUAGAUUUUGCACAGCUACCGACCAUUUAUGGUUUAUUUGCCCAAUUAUUAGAAUAUUGGAUGUAAUUCUAAAAAAUGUAAAUUAAUAUAGUUUAUUAUGUAUUGCUUUAUUUCCUUGUAUUUCUCCUUUUAAAUAAUUUUGUCACUAAACAGUACUUGUGCUUUUAAUAAAUCUAAAUCUAAAUAAAAUAAAAAAUCCCUAAAUCCAGGUAUAAUUUUGCUCCUGUAAAUGAGUUACAAUGUAGGUCAGCACAGAUACGAUUCUGAUUCUUUAUUUCUUUUUGAAGCCACUCCAUUGAAUGUACUUUUUUUUUUUUUUAUCGCUAACAAGAUCACAUUGGUUAGAGGUUCUGAAUGUUGUUCAUUUAGGUUGUUCUGUACCUGCAUCUGUUUUAGACCACUGAACUGUAAUGCAUGAUGUGUAUCAUUUAUAUUUUUAUUAUGUUAUAAUUGAUCUACAGACAUCUGAAGUUGAUAUCAAUAUUGUUAGUAGUAGCAGUAUUAUAAGUCUUUAUGACACAUUAGAAUAGUAACGAAAAAAAAGAGUGUGAAGCGAAAUACUGCAUCCCAUCAUUUUUAUCAUUCAAAUUUAAACUCAUGCUCUUGAAAAGUGAUGAGAUUAGGCAUUCCUUUACUCAUCUCUCCACAGUCUCUUCUGUCUCCUCUCCUUUUGAUCCACUCUCCUUUUGUACCCCCUCUGGUGUAGCCCGUGACGCCAGCUCAUGGCUGUUUGUUUGACCCCUUUUUUUUACGUCCUUACAUAGCUGUGGUUUCAUUCAUCUCAUCGUUAUGACUUGCCAUACGUCGGUCAGAGAUUCAAUUCAGAUACUUUAAUACUGUUUAAUUAAGUGAUUUUCAAAAAAAUCCAUUCAGCAGCCCUAAUUAGACCACUCAGCAAAAGUAAGAACCCCCCCACCCCUCCCCAGGUAUGUAGCACCCUAACCAAAAUCCCAGUCCUUCCCAGUCCUUUACAUCAGCCCCCUUUUCCCCUUUAUACUAAGGCCUUUAGAAGCCUGCAUUAAAAGUUGUGUGUUUGUCUGUCUUUCACUAAUAUGCCUUACUAUUGUACUGUAUCGUAGAUUGUUAUUAUUAAUAAUGAUGAUGUCAUUAUUAUUAUUAUGACUAUUGCUAUUAUUGUUAUUGUUGUUCUCCUUGAAAGGAAUGUGUUUUUUUAGCAUUGUCAUAAAAGUGUCGUGCUGGACAGGCAACAGAUCUAAAUGUUAUGAAGUGGCCUUGAUUUGGGGGAAAGGGUGGGUUUGUACUUCUGAAUUUAAGACAUUAAUAAAUUGAGGAUGUGAAAAAUGAGUUCUCUUUGUGUUUACACUUUUAAUUCUUGACUUGUGGUGCUUUGUUUUUUUGUAUUUUAUUAAAUGGGAUUAAGUUUAAUGAAACAAAACAAUGAUAAUGAUAUUUAAUGAUAAUGAUAAUGAUUAUUAUCUAAAAUGAACUAAUUCCUAAUUGUAUUUGUCCAUUUUCAUUGUGCUGUUUUUUAUGUCUCUUAAAUAAGAAAUAAAUUUUUAUACGUUUUAUUA